CCUACAAAUACACUCGUCACCCUCACCUCUCCUGUUCACCUGGUCGAGCUAAACGUUUGCAGGGGCAUCAUGUCUUGCUCAUCUCGUGUCUCCUCCUCCAGGGCUGGAGGCAGCAGCUCGGUCAGGGUGUCUGCUGGCGGAAGUGGCUUCAGCAGUGGCAGCCGAUGUGGUCUGGGGGGUGGCUCUGCCCGGGGCUUCCGAGGAGGAGCCGGCAGCUGUGGCCUGAGUGGCGGAUCGGGCGGUAGCUUUGGAAGCAGCCUUGGAGGGGGUUUUGGCAGCUGCUCAAUAGGGGGUGGUUUUGGGGGAGCUUCAGUCUCUGGGGCUGGCUUCGGCGGGGGCUCUGGCUUCGGCGGGGGCUCUGGCUUCGGCGGGAGCUCUGGCUUCGGCGGGGGUUCUGUCUUUGGUGGGGGUUCUGGAAUGGGUGGUGGUGCUAGUGGUGGCUUCUACAGCUAUGGUGGUGGGAUGGGUGGUGGGAUGGGUGGUGGGAUGGGUGGUGGUGAUGCAGGGAUUUUCUCUGGAGGUGAAAAGCAAACCAUGCAGAACCUCAAUGACCGGCUGGCCAAUUACCUAGACAAGGUCAGAGCCCUGGAGGAGGCCAACACUGAUCUGGAGCACAAAAUCAAGGAGUGGUAUGAGAAAUUUGGGUCUGGGUCUGGAGAUGGUGGAUCUGGAAGGGAUUACAGCAAAUACUAUCCAAUAAUUGACGAUCUCAGGAAUAAGAUCAUGACGGCCACUGUUGAAAAUGCUGGGAUCCUUUUGCAGAUUGACAAUGCCAGAUUGGCUGCUGAUGACUUCAGACUGAAGUAUGAGAAUGAGCUUUACCUGCGGCAGAGCGUGGAGGCCGACAUCAAUGGCCUGCGGAAGGUCCUGGACGACCUGACCAUGACUCGCUCCGACCUGGAGAUGCAGAUCGAGAGCCUCACGGAGGAGCUGGCCUACCUGAAGAAGAACCACGAGGAGGAAAUGAAGGGCAUGCAAGGAAGCUCGGGAGGGGACGUGACCGUAGAAAUGAAUGCAGCCCCAGGAACUGACCUGACCAAGUUACUGAAUGACAUGAGGGCACAAUAUGAGGAGCUGGCUGAGCAAAACCGCCGGGAGGCUGAGGAGCAGUUCAACAAGCAGAGCGCAUCACUGCAAGCAAAGAUCUCUACUGAUGCCGGUGCAGCCAGUUCCGCCAAGAAUGAGAUAACAGAACUGAGACGUACUCUGCAAGCCCUGGAGAUUGAGCUUCAGUCCCAAAUGGCCAUGAAAAGCUCCCUGGAAGGGACCCUGGCUGACACAGAAGCUGGCUACAUGUCUCAGCUGUCAGAAAUCCAGAUGCAGAUCAGCAGCCUGGAAGAGCAAAUCUGCCAGAUCCGCAGUGAGAUGGAAUGCCAGAAUUCAGAAUAUGAGCAACUGCUGAACAUCAAGACCCGCCUAGAGAGGGAGAUUGAGACCUACCGCCGCCUGCUCGAUGGAGAGGGAGGUGGUUCUGGUUUUGGAGGAGGUGAUUCAAGAAACUCAGGAUCCAGAAACACGGGAUCCAGAAACACAGGCUCCAGGGAUCUGUCAACUGGUGACUCAAGGUCUGGAAGUUAUUCUGGCCAAGGAAGAGAUCCAAGCAAGACAAGAGUGACCAAGACCAUCGUAGAGGAGAUGGUGGAUGGCAAAGUAGUCUCAUCUCAAGUUAGCAACAUUUCUGAGGUGAAAGUUAAAUAAGCAAUUUCCAGCUCAGCGUGUGUCUUUCAGAGAAAAAUACUAAAGGACACAAAUGAAGAAAUUGCAUCAGUCUAGCCAUCUUUCUGGAUAACUUCAAGGAAGAGUUUCCAUCCAGAAAUAGAUGACUAAUCAAUUUUCCUGCAUCCUCUUCUUUUCUUAUUAGAAUGCUCUGGAAAAGUUGAAAUGACAACUUUGCUCUAAUUGUUUCUGUGCUUCAAUAAACUUACUUUUGCAAGCUAA